AUGUCUUCUGAAACAACUCAACAGGAAAGUCAGACAUCUCCACUAAAGCAAACUGGAUGGCCAAUGUUCUCCUCUCCCAUCUCACAAAUUCACGAUGCUGAAGAAAUUGCAAGGAUCCGUAAAGAAUGUAAAGAGGAAAGUUUCUGGUACAGAGCUCUUCCUUUGUCUCUUGGGAGCAUGCUUGUCACCCAGGGGCUAAUCUCAAAAGGCAUUUUCUCAGCAAGCCCAAGAUUUGGUGCAUUACCUAAGAUUGCAAUUGCUGGUGUCUUAGGUUUUGCCAUGGGAAAGGUGUCAUACAUUGGGGAAUGCCAAAAAAAGUUCCAGAAAAUUGGUAUUGUACCACCUUGUCCACAAAAAAAAAGGCGUUGUCAUCAUACUUGCAAAGAAUGUGAAGCAAAAUCAGGAUCAAAUGAGAAACAAGGUUCAGUUCCUUCAGCACCUUAG